AUGACCCCCCAAACCAUAGUAAUCGGCACCGGCCUCGCCGGCCUAACCACCACCAGCACCCUCCUAACGCACCACAUCCCCGUGCUCCUGCUCGACCGCGCCUCCAAACCCGGCGGCAAUAGCAUCAAAGCCUCCUCGGGUAUAAAUGCCGCUCCGACGCGAUAUCAACUCGAACCGGAUACCAUCUCUGCAUUUCAACACGACACUAUCCUCUCCGCAGGAGUGCCGUAUACCUCCGCCAGCGGGGUAGAGCGCACCCGCCGUGAGAAACUCAUCGACACGCUCACAACCAAGUCCGCGGACGCGCUAUACUGGCUUACGGAUGACAUCGGGGUCGACUUGAGUCGUGUCGCUCGACUCGGAGGACAUAGUGUAUCCCGGACGCAUCGGGGCGCGGGGAAGGGAACACCAGGGUAUGAGAUAAUCAGGGGGUUGUUGGGUCGGGUAUCAGAGGACAAGAGUUGUCGGAUGGAGGUUGGGAGACGGGUUACGAGGAUAUUACGGGAGGGAGGGGAAGGACGGGUAGUUGGGGUUGAGUAUACGGUUACGGAUGGAGAAGAAGGGGGCAAUCAAACAAAGACAGAGACAGCGUACGGACCUGUCGUCGUUGCGAGUGGAGGGUUUGCAGGCGAUGCGAGAGGGCUGUUAGCGCAGUAUCGGCCCGAUCUGGAGGGGAUACCAUCGACGAAUGAGCAGCGCGAAGGGACGCAGCCUUUGCUGCAGGAGGUUGGGGCAGCGGUGGUGGAUAUGGAACAGGUGCAGGUGCAUCCGACGGGGUUUGUGGGGGGGAAGGAAGAAGAAGCGGAGGCGAUGGUGAAGAUAUUGGCGGCGGAGGCGUUGAGAGGGGAAGGGGGUAUACUUGUGCUUGGGGACGGGAGGAGGUUUGUGAAUGAAUUGGAGACGAGAGAGAAGGUGACGGGGGAGGUUAUGGCACAGGCGAAGAAGUUGCCGACCAAGGCGAGGCAGUGGGAUGUGAAGCUGGUGCUGGAUGAGGGAGCAGCAGCGGCGUUACAGUCGCAUUUGGAGUUUUAUAUGUGGAAGGGGUUGAUUAAGAAGACGACGGUUGGGAAGAUGGAGGAAAUGUCGGCGCUGAAGGGGACGCUGAGGGAAUAUGCGGAUGUAGUCGCUGGGAAGAAGCAGGAUGAGUUUGGACGGCAGUCGUUCGGAAACUGGACGCUGAGGGAGGUCAAGCCAGAGUCGGUGGUGUAUGUGGGAAAGGUUACGCCGGUUGUUCACUUUACCAUGGGAGGCGUGGUGAUCAACGAGCGCAGCCAGGUGUUGGACGGUCAGGGGCAGCCGAUUCCCGGGCUCUAUGCGGCCGGCGAGAUUACCGGAGGCCUUCAUGGCCAGAAUCGGUUGGGGGGAUCGUCGCUGUUGGAGUGCGCGGUCUUUGGCCGCAUUGCCGGAGAGGAAGCGGCUGCUUAUUAUCAAGGAUCGAAGGAGACGUGUUCCUGA